UUGUUAAACAACUAAAUGAUCUGCAAAACAUUGGAUUCAAACUAACAGAUGGGUUGAUCGGAGACACUCUGGUUCUAUUCGAGCAUAGGUUGAAAGAUAUAGGAGAAGUAUUGAUAGACGCGUUUGCCUUUGUUCGCGGUCUGAAUAGCAGCAUAAUACUUUCUAUAUGCUUAAGAGAACUGUUGGAUCCAGACAAAAACCUCAAGCGGCAUGAUGUACUAGAUUAUAUACUUGAUCGAAUUGAUAACCCUGAAGAGACCGCGUACAGAACCCUGCGUAGCUACAAUAUCGGAAAUCCCGUGAACUUUCAUCCACGUAAGAAUGGUUCUAUUUCUUCGAUACUCAAAUAUGCCCCUAUCGUCUACGAAUUCAUGCUAGUAAAGUUUGGUGCCGACUCACGUAUCGCUACAUAUUUGAUGAACGAGAUUACAGCUGCUCGCAUAGUGAAAGCCAAACUUCACGAAUCCAAUAGAUCUCUCGUCUUGUCCUCCGCUUCAAUCGAAACCCUAUGGCAAGAAUUAAAUACGCUCUUCAAUGCAUAUUAUAAAGCGGGCGUUCAUUUCGCACCGCAACUUUUGUUCUUGUUCAAAACAUGUCUGGAGGAAGCAGUCAUUGCAUGUCUGUUUGAGGGAUACUUGGCGAAACUGUUCAGAUACAGGGUUGGGUUCCAGUCAUCACGAGUAGACGAGAUUCCGCCAUUGCAAGUUACCCCAUUAUCACACAGAAAACGCAAGACAAUCCAUGAAGCGAGAAUGGAAUGGUGGCAUGCGAUUC